GCUCACUGAUUGAAUUGAAGGAAUCAAUCAAACUCAUGUGUCCGUCAGCCAGCCACUGCACACAUGCAGUGCACGGCACCCACACACCUAUACACUUAACACAUACAGAUUGGUCUCAUCACUCCGGCCCACCCAUCCCGACAGCAACACACUUCCCCUGGUACAGCCUCACUCUCACCUAAAACAGCACAACACACACACACAGACAGACACAGACACAGAAACAGAGAGAUCAUGCAUUGGGGUGUAGCUCAGCGCUACAGGGGGCCACUCAUUGAGUGCACGUGGGCAAGUGAAGUGCCCCCGCCUAUCAUGGCUGAUCUGUGUUGGCUCUCUGCACGUCACGACGACCCCAAGGGCGGUGGGUUGAGUCAGUAGUCACAACACGCUCUCUCGGGGAGAUACCAAGUGCAAUCGGUCGACCUCUCCAUUCACACCUCCCUGUCUGUCUGCCUGCCCCGUGUGUGCGUGCCUUUCCGUUGCGUACCUGUGUUGUGUGUCGGUCGGGAAGCGACAAGUGGGCACUGCACAGCGAGCGACAAGCAGUCAGUCCAUCAGAUGACAACCCACCCCAGACAAAAGGACAAAAGUCAGACAGAAACAAGGAGGAGUGGCGAGAGCCAAAAAUACGCUCGUCAAUCAUUGACGGGCAGGAACUGCCGCCAUUGGGGCUUUCACACCCGCACUCGAGUGACUGCAAGCACCAGUCAGCUGGGCUCUCAGACACUCGACGCG